GUUUACGGAAAUUACGCAAUAUUUCAAAUUGUUACAAGUGAUCACAAGUAACCUGACCACAUAACAGCAUUUCACGACUCUUAGUCUCUCUCUAUAUAUAUAAGUUUUCUCAAUCGAACUCCAUAAACCAUCUUUCACUUUCUUUCAUAUAUCUAUAAAAAAUCUAUAUCAAGAUUUCAAUGGAUCCCCAUUUAGUCAUCGCUGCCGCCUCCAACGCAUUCCGGUGGCCGUCAAGUCGCCGGAAGAUCUAUCUCCGUCGGCGUAAGCCACAAGUUGUUCGUCUCGGCGGUAAAAACAGUACACCACGUGGUAGGUUCUCGCUUAAGAGGGUGGUGACCAGGAUGAGACUCAAGUGGCUGAAGCUGUACUACGUGAGGCUCGUGAAGAAUAUCAAAGCGUAUUAUAGCACUGUAGUGAAGGAGUUUGAGGACGCCGGAGCCACCACCAUCCAGCAGCGCCAGCGCAGGACGGUGGAAACGGCUGCUUUUGCCGUUCCUGGUCUAGGCUUAUCUUUUUGUCCCAUGUCCUGCCACGAACAACCUCGUUUGUUUCUUGUAUAGCUAAAAAUAUUUACCUUGAGUUUUUACCUUCACUAGUGUUCUGGAGGUUUUUAGUCUGAAAUUUAAUUUUAAAAAUUUCUUGUUUAAAACUAUUAUGUAAAAAAUAUAUUUGAGCAUAACAGUUCUGCAAGAAUAAUGUCAAAAACUAUAGUAUAAAACAGUUUGAACGAAACAGGAUAUUAAAAUUAA